AUGCGCCAGUCCCGGACUCCGAAGUCGGAGAAGGCUUACCAGAGGAACUGCCAUGCGGCUGAACGCAACGCUUUCCCUCCCAGGAGCUGGAGAAAGACCCGCAGAGCUGGAGGACCAAGAAGAUUCUAUAGCUCGAAUACAGACUCCCGGUUGAUCAACGACGAUGCCUUCGGGAAAGCCCAAGAACCCGAACCCUCCGUUCUUCUAGCGAACGCUCAAACACUUCCAACAUCAGAUGGUCAAGUUGCCCAUCAUGAUCCCGAGCCCGUCUCAGCACAAGAGCCGAACCCAACGCAACCCCCAUCCGCAGACCCCCCGACGCCCAAAUUUUGGAGCCACCAGAUGUUCAAAAGCCCCGAAGGCAAGAAGAUCAUCGUGCACUACUGCAGCUCGCUCAAAAGCAGCGAGGAUGUCGCGCAGUACUUUCUAAACGACAAACACAUCGGAUUCGACAUGGAAUGGAAAGCCCAAGCCUCCGCCUGGGACAGCAUCCAGAGCAAUGUGUCCCUCAUCCAGAUCGCAAACAGAGAACGUAUUGCCCUCUUCCACAUCGCUCUGUUCAAACCCGCCAAAAAGCUCGCCGAUCUGGUCCCCCCCACGCUGAAGCGGAUCAUCGAAUCCGCCGACAUCACCAAGCUGGGUGUGUCCAUCAAAGCGGACUGUACCCGGCUCCGCAAGUUCCUUAAGAUCGAUGCCCGUGGCAUCUUCGAGCUCAGCCAUCUUCAUAAAUUGGUUAAAUAUUGCCAGUCAAAUCCUAAACUUAUCAACAAACGCGCGGUGAAUCUCAGCGAGCAGGUCGAAGAGCACUUGGGGUUACCUCUGGAGAAAGAUGGAGACGUCCGUUGCAGUAACUGGGCGGUGGCUUUGAAUUAUCGCCAGGUACAAUAUGCUGCGUCCGAUCCGUUCGCAUGUAUGUGCUUGUUUGAUACCAUGGAUGCGAAACGCAGAGCCCUUGACCCCAUGCCGCCGUUACCGGCUCAUGCCGAGUUGGACUUGCCGAUUCGCAUAGUGCAUGAACCUCCGGUGAAUGCAGACCCGAUUGACGUCGAGGUCAUUAAGCCGUAG